GGUGGGGGGGGAUGUAAUGUUAGGAUGGCAGCGCUAAUGGGACUAUCUAACGGGACUUGCGGACCGGCUGAUUUCGUCUACUAAACCAACAAUUGUGGUGCGUGGUCGUGAAGCGUCGCAGCCAUGCCGCUGGUCAAGAGGAACAUCGAGCCACGCCACCUCUGCCGCAGGGAGCUCCCUGAGGGCAUCGGCAGCGAGCUGGAGUGCGUGAUGAACAACACACUCUCUGCCAUCAUCCGCCAGCUCAGCAGCCUGAGCAAACACGCAGAGGACAUAUUUGGCGAGCUGUUCAACGAGGCCAACGCCUUCUACCUGCGCGCCAACUCUCUCCAGGACCGCAUCGACCGGCUGGCCGUCAAGGUCACGCAGCUGGACUCCACCGUGGAGGAAGUUUCCCUGCAAGACAUCAACAUGCGCAAGGCCUUUAAGAGCUCUACCACUCAGGACCAGCAGGUGGUGUCCAAGAGUAGCGUGCCCAAUCCAGUGAAGGAGAUGUACAAUUUGAGUGACAAGCCUCCACCACUUAGCAUCCUCUCAUCUUACAGGGAUGACAAGAAGGAAGCGCUCAAGUUCUACACCGACCCCUCCUACUUCUUCGACCUGUGGAAAGAGAAGAUGCUGCAAGACACAGAGGACAAGAGAAAAGAGAAGAGGAAGCAGAAGGAACAGAAGCGCUGUGUGGACGGAACGUUGCAGAGGGAGGUGAAGAAGGUCCGCAAGGCGAGGAACCGCCGACAGGAGUGGAACAUGAUGGCGCUGGAUAAAGAGCUGAGGCCAGACCACCGUCACACUAUACACAGAGACAGAGGGGCCUCCUCCGAGGGCUCCAUGUCUCCAGAGAACAGGGCUCACGGGGUGGACCUGCAUCACUAUCCCAAUGCUAUGAACCACGCUGGCCACGCUCACACGUACUCAGGCCCGCCGCCCAGCGUCCUUGCUGCCCAGAUGGCGGCGGGCCACGGCCCUCGCGGAGGGGGCGACCACGACGGCAGAGCGAGAGCGGCGGCUUAUCAGGGUGGCACGCUUGGCCGCGCCCACCACCACCAGCAUCACCAGCAAGUCCCGCUGCCUCCCCCGCCUGCUGAGGCGAUGAACGGCGGCUCCAUGUCCCUGCCUCCGCUUGACUACAGCAUGGAUGGUUACGCCAACACGGGACCGCCACCCCCACCCCCGGCUCCCGUCAUCCCUUCCGCCCUGACGGCCUUCGCCUCGCCACCCGGAGGUCCCGUGUCUCCCGGGCCCGGGGGUUACGCUUCGCUUCCGACGCCCAUAUGCGGCGGCCCGGUCGCUCCGCCGCCUCCCGGGCCCCCGCCGCCCCCUCUCCAAGCCGGUGCCUCCCACGCCAUGGCACACAAGAUGUCGUCGCCUGUGCCCAUGGAGAGCAGCGAGGUCAACGAUGCCCGCAGUGACCUGCUGGCGGCUAUUCGUAUGGGCAUUCAGCUGAAGAAGGUUCAGGAGCAACAGGAGCAGCAGGCCAAGCGGGAGCCUGUCGGCAACGACGUGGCCACCAUCCUGUCGCGCCGCAUCGCCGUGGAAUAUUCUGACUCCGAGGACGACUCAGAGCUGGAGGACAACGACUGGUCCGAUUGAAACACACACACACGCACACAAUCACAUGCUGUAUAAGAUGAAGGGUCCACAAGUUGCAACAAGCACUGUAAAGUCAAUAUACUCUAACCAUGACCACUUCCUGCAACCUCCACGUCUUGCUGGAUGCUUUUCAAGCACAGUGAGUGUCCCUCAGUGUACCUGUUGUAAUGCUGCACUCACACGUCUUGUAUAAUUUGAUGUACAUGCCACAUUUGAAAGUGUUAGAUUCAACGAGAGACUUUCCUCUGAAUAAUCCCCUCCUUUUUCUUUUCUUUUUUUUUUUUUUUUUUAACUCAACAUUAUUCUAUAGAUCGCCAAGUAGAGCAGGGUUGGGCAACCUAUGGCCAUAUGCGGCCCCGCCAGAGCAUUUGAUCUGAUCUGGACCGAGGAUUUGAAGGAAAUCAGGAGUGUCAGGAGUUAUUGCAGCUUUACAGUGUUGCAGGUAGAGGGCGCCCAUGAAUCUCUUAGGACACUUGGUCUACGUGACAUUGUUGAGGUGAUUUAGUAGUCUCUUAUUUAAUGGCAAGUUAUCAAACUUUGCCCAAAACUCAUAUUCCUCGAGUAGUUCAGUUUUUAAGCCCCCUUGGGAAAAUUGCCUUCAAUUGGUCACUUCAAAUCAAAAUGGCAGAAUUUGUUAUUUCGGAAAUGGUUUCCCGAGACUUUUUCGUGGCCAGCCAAGUUUCAUUUUGCUAAGCAAAACUUUCUUUGGAAGCUGAAUUUUUAAAUAAAAAAAAUUUGGUCCAAAAAAUCUUCAACCCACAAAUGCUCAUAAAAUAACAAACUUCGCUGCUAUGCUACACCUAGACGCAUUGCCGAGAACUCAAAUUUCUUAGUUUAGCGUUGUCCAUUUGUUGAGCAUACAUGAUUUACAUUUGGUAGGAAUCGUACAAAAUAGUAAUUUGUCUAUGAAGGACCCCCCAGAAAAUUGUCAAAAUUACCCCAAAUUCGCAGUUUAAAACCCAAACUGCAGACUACCUGUCUCUUUUGGGGAAUGACUUCUUGAGACUUUUUGGUGGGUCUACUUAUCAUAGACAUGUCUACCAAAUUUCAUGUUGCUAAGUGAAAUUGUUUUCAGGGGCUGAAUUUUCAAAUGCAAAAUAUGGUCCAGUAGGAAUAGUUACGCUUUAAAGGACCCCUGGGAAUGUCCAGAAUAACUGUAAAAUGGCCACGCGCAUGGCAUAAAUUUUGUGUACUGAAAUGGCUCCUGAUGGUAUAAAAAGCUUGCCCAACCCUGUUGUAGAUAAUGAACGGGAUGUAAAUGUGAUCAAAAUGAUUGCAGGUUGAGACUGUGUCAUGUAUACGGUCUAGUGUAAGCUUUGUAACCGCAGAGUAAUAAAAUAAAACA